GUGACGUCACUGGAUAGCUUUUCCUUAUCCGCCAUUUUGUGCAGGUACAUUUGACAUUAUUUACGUCUAGCUAUUCCACGUUUCCAAAAUGGGGAAUGCUUUUAAUAAACUCUUCAGUAGCCUGUUUGGAAAGAAAGAGAUGCGAAUAUUGAUGGUCGGUCUUGAUGCAGCUGGGAAAACAACGAUUCUUUAUAAACUGAAACUCGGCGAGAUCGUCACGACUAUUCCAACCAUUGGCUUCAACGUGGAAACUGUCGAAUACAAGAAUAUCAGCUUCACAGUUUGGGACGUCGGUGGUCAGGACAAGAUCAGACCCCUGUGGAGGCAUUACUUCCAGAACACUCAAGGUUUGAUAUUCGUUGUUGACAGCAACGAUCGGGAGAGAAUCGGCGAAGCGAAGGAGGAGCUGAACCGAAUGGUUCAAGAAGAUGAAUUGAGAGAAGCUAUCAUUUUGGUGUUCGCUAACAAACAAGAUUUGCCUAAUGCAAUGACCGUGAGUGACAUCAGGGACAAGCUAGCCUUAUCCAAUUUGAAAAACAGAGAAUGGUACACUCAGACUGCAUGUGCUACAAGUGGAGAUGGAUUAUAUGAGGGACUUGAUUGGCUUUCAAAUAAGUUAAAAAAUAGGAAAUGAGAAAAGAACUUCAACAUUGUUUUAUUUUACAUGUGUAUAUGGUGUUGUCAGGAGCGAAGAUAUAGGGACCACACAAUUUCUUUAACUUUUCAUCAGGAACAAUUGACAUGACCUAGUCAUUUAGAUGUGUGAGAAACCCUAUGGAAAGCCAACAAUGUUGAGAAUCUCAGUGCAAUGAGCCUUUUCACCCAUGUCAAGAUCUACACCUCAAGAAGACGAAGGGAUUGGAAACAGUAUCAUUAUUUAUUGCAUGGACAUUUAGAAUGUAAAGAUUGCUAAAAGUAUACAGUUUGUCUGAAACCAGAUCUGAUUAGAUGUCCAUCUCACACCUUCAACCUUGCUUUAUCUGUUGUUGUGUGCGAUCAUAUUUGUAAUGGGCGAUCUUUGAGUUAUUCAUCUGUGUAUUCUUAAGAUGAUUAAGAGUCAGUGUUUUAUCCAAUUCACUCUGCAAGCUGCAAAUGACAUUCAUUAUAUUUGUAAUAUUCUGUUACAAGCUUGUGUUUGGGAAUAUGGCCUCUCGGAACGGUAUCCUGUGAGAUUCAUCUUGCCUAAUCUCUGGUAAAAGGCUUUUGCAUGAAUCAAAAUCUACCGUUCUCUACAGCUGUGUGGAAAAAUAAUACAUUUGAUAAUAGUAUGAGGACAUGUAUACUUCCACUAUUUAUUUACCAAUCAGAAACUGUCUGAGUUCAGAUUUUGAUAUAGUCAGUAUAAAUUGAUUCUUCCUAUCAUUCCACAUAUUUGCCGGCUAAAGCCUAAAGGUGUUUGACAAAUGGGCACAAUGUAUGGAACUUGUGUAAGUGUGUAUUGUAUACGCAUCUCAAGAGCACAACAGGAACCAAGACUCUGAAAUAGCAAGAAGUCAAUGUCUACAGCUAGACUGAAAGGCAGCUUGUUUCUUGAUAUAUGCCAUGUCAUCAAAGAUCGCCCAUUCCCAAGGCAUAUGCAGUGAAUCUCAUUUUGUGUCUCACAAUGUGUAUAUAAGUAUUAGACUUGAAACAACCAAGGAAUUAGAACAACUCUUUGCAGAUGUAUAUAUAUUUCUUCAUUUCAUUUGUAGUAUAAAUUACUGGUAGUAACUUGUCACUGAUGACACCCCCAAAAAAAGUCACUAUUUUAGAGAUCAGAUUUUUAUGGAUGUUGAUAAGACUUGUCAAGCAUCAAGAAAGCCAACUGAUUUUUCAGUUUGAUAAUCCAAACGUAUUGUGUAUAUUUGAAGCCUGAGGGACUGAAAUUAUGGAAUAAAUGGUAUGUAGUAUUACAAUCA